UCAUGUCAUGUCCCGAUGGCAGAUUAUGUAAAUAAAUCUAAUUUUAAGGUUCAUUGUAUUAUUUUCCCUUCCAUUCCCGCUCACCGUGUCCGACUCGUUUUGUCUAUUUUCUCAGAAACCCUAAACACCACAAAAAAAAAAAAAAAAAGAAGCAUACGGCUUUUAAUGGAGCAGCUUUUAACUCAGAAUACUCUUUUUCACCUUUAAUUUUGUGUCAAAAUUUUUUUAUCCUGCUGGUGGGAAGCAAUUUUGGAAUGGCUAUGGAGAGCUGUAGAGAUGUAAAUGCUAGUUUCAUUUCACAUUGUGAUGCAUCUAAUCAUGGGUUGGUGCACACUGGGGAUGCUGUAAAAGACACUGAGGAAUUGGAUGUUGACUUUCUCGAUGAAUUUGAUUUAUAUGUGGAAGACAUCAAGGAUCGAUUGACCAUUUCUAGGAUGGUGAGUGACUCAGUCAUCAGGGGCAUGGUCAAUGCUGUUGAGCAAGAGGCAGCUGAUAGGAUUGCUCAAAAAGAGUUGGAAAUAGUGAGGUUGAAGAAAAUGGUGAAUCCUUACCAUGUUGGUUCAAAUAAAAACAAACCUUUACGAUCUUUAAUGAAGCACCAUGAACCAAAACUUGGUGUAUUUCCAAGAUUGUCAAAUGCUUUAUUUGAGCAUGACAAGAUACAAGAAUCUUUUGGCUGUCUUAAAAAUACAGCUAAAGGGCAGUUUAAGAAUCUCAGGACAGAAAUUGACCAAAUCAGAGGGCAUAAGAUUAAUUCAGUUUCUAAGAUGGUGGGAUUGGGUGGUAUUUUGCAAGAGGAGGAACCCAAAAAAUGGAUUGAUGUGGAUAAAACCCUUGAUUCCUUAAGAAUAACCCUGGACUCUGUUUAUGGGCAAGUGGAUGAUAUUGUUUACUCAUUCAAGGAAUCACUCUGUCAAUGGCAGCUGGAGCAAGAAUAUCUGGAAGAAGUUGACCAUAUGGUGGCUACAAUUUGUAUUCGGAGUUUGAAGGAACAAUUUGAAGAAAGACUAUGGGAUCAAAGUGCUCAAUGCUACGUUAAUGAAAAUCUAAAUUGGAUUGAGAAGAUCAAUGAUAUUUCCAGUUUGCGUCAGGAAUUAGAUGGCAUUUCUAAAUCACUGUCUAAUCCUGAAACUGGGAUGCUGAAUUCUUAUAGUUCAUUGGAAAUCAAUGGUGAUUUGAGUAACUAUAAAAUGACUGAUCAUUUGCAUCAAAAGGUUUCAGGGAAUCAUGUUUCCUUGUCUGAUUCACUUUGGGAAGGAAAUGGCAAGCAUGGAGAGUUAGUAAUUACCGUGCCAGAAAAUUUGGAUGCUGCGCAACUAACACACAUGUCAAAAGAAGAAUUGGUGAAUUUUUUCAAGGUUGAGAUGACAAAAAUGAAGAGGAACCAUGACUACAAGCUACAAGAGAUGACUGAAAAAUAUUUUAGCCUCAAACGGGAGUACUUGAAAGAAAGGGGCUCUUCUCUGCCAUCUAGGAAGGAUAAGGAGUUUGAUGUCUUGAGGAAAAAGAUCCCAGAUGUCAUUGUAAAAUUGGAUAGGAUUCUUGUGGAAAAUGAAAAAUUUCCAUUGUUAAGUAAUAAUAAUGAGAAUCUUAUAAUUUUGAAGGACAAAUUAGAAUCCCUGCUUUCAGAAAAUCAUCAACUGAGAGACUCACUUUCCGAUAAGAAAAAGGAAGUUAACUGCCUUUCUUCACAAGUUUCUGAUGCCAUAGAGAAAAUGUCACAGUACUCUCUGACUGAGGAAAACUUACUAAAAAAGGUAGAAAACCUUGAAUCUGUUGUUGAAGAUGCACAUAUUGAAGCUACCAUUAGUGGGGAUGUAUAUAAUUGCUUCAUCAAAGAGGCAAUCUGUCAGAAUAAGUGGAUCAGUGAAGAUUCAGAGAUGGAGCAUAAUAUUAUGAAAGAAAUUUAUGACCUUAUACUCAAAGAUGCUUCUUGCAAUAUGUCACAUGCCUGCAAGAGUGAAUUUGAAGAUUCUGAUUUAGAGUCUUCAAUUAUGGAAGGACUAUGCAUGAUCAUAUUCAGAGAAGCCUUCACAGAAGCCAAGGAGAAAGUCCAUGACUUAGGUUUGGAUGCAUUUGAGAAGGAAAGGGUACUAAAACUGGAAGCUGCAGAGAAGGAAAAACUGCAGCAACGUAUGCUCCUAAUGGCAUCAGUGGAUGAUGAAAAGGAGAAGUUGCUUAAUGAAAUGGCAGCUGCAUUGGCAAGAGAAAAGGAGAAAUUUAUGGUGGCUUCUCAAGAGCUUGACUUUAUAUGGGAUCAGACAAACCAGCAGCAAAUGAUGAUUUCUAAGUGCAAUGAAGAAUCCAGUGUUCUGAAAACUGAUCUCCUUCAAGCAUUGGAGAAACUUAAACGACAUAAAGUGGAGAUAUGUGAAUUAAAUCUGAAGCUUGACGAGGCAGUGAAAGAUUUGAGGGAAAGCAAUGAUGAGAGAAGGAGGCUUCUUGUUGCUGCCAAAGAGAAGGAGUGUAGUUUAUCAUCAGUUAAAGCAAAUGAAAGUGAGCAUAGAAAACAGAUGGAAUCAAUAUGUAUUCUUGUUGAAGGACUAUCUAAGGCAGUUGCUGGUUUUGAAUGUCGAGUAGCAGAAGAUAUGAAGAGGAGUAAUCUAAGGUUGGAAAAUUUGAGCUCGCAAUCCGGUUCUCUUAUUCAGACGGCCAAUAUACUGAAAAGAAAGGAAUUGCAAUAUAAGCAGAAUCUUGAAAGGAGAUGUUCUGACCUUGACAAAGCUGAAACUGAGGUGGAUCUCUUGGGUGAUGAGGUAGGAGUACUUUUAGGCCUUCUCGAGAAAAUAUACAUAGCGCUUGAUCAUUAUUCCCCAAUAUUGAAACAUUAUCCUGGAAUUAUGGAGAUAUUGAAGCUGGUUGGAAGGGAAUUGAGUGGAGAAUCUACUAAGUCACUUUGAUUUAUCCUUCACUAGGUGAAUGGUUGAUUCAUUUUUGCACCUGCAUUUGCUACUUUUUUUAUUAUUCAGCAUUUGGGAAGGAGUCAUGGCCGGUAAAACUUGCCUCUUCUGAAAUAAUCAAGCACAG